AAAUGGUGUGUGUUUGAGUGUUUUAAUGCGAAGAGUGUAACGAAACACACAACAAGUUAACAAAGACAACAACUCACACCUACCAAACACAAGACGAUGGCUUCGUUCCGCUUCCCUUUCUCGUUUUCUCAGCCUUCUGUCCCCAAACCACCGCCUUCCACGUCGUCAUCAUCCAGACUCUCCGUCUCCGCAGUCGCCGUGACCGUCACCUUCGGCGGAGCUGCGAUCGCUGCGUCGCGGAACCAGAGUGUCUUCUCCUCUCACCGUUCGUCUCCGUUACCGUGGGGAUCUAUAGCUCUUGCCGAUUCUAGCUCCGGAUCCGUUGUUGUUGAGCCUAAGACCGGUUUCUCGUUCCCGGCUACGAUCGGAGACUCCAUGAGAUUACUAGGCGUGGGGCUGAGGAGGAAGAGCGUGCUGGGAUUGAAGAACAUCGAUGUCUACGCAUUUGGCAUGUAUGCUGACUGUGAUGAUGUGAAGAAACUUAUUGGUGAAAAAUACGCGAAUCUUCCGGCAUCUGAGCUGAGGGGAAACAAGGCAUUCAUUGAUGAUCUCUUGGAAGCCGAUGUAAAGAUGACCAUAAGGCUGCAGAUUGUCUUCGGCAAACUCAGCAUCCGUUCCGUACGCAGUGCUUUCAAAGAUUCUGUCGGUAACAGGCUCAAGAAGUUCGGUGGCUUAGACAACGAUGAGUUGCUUCAAAGCUUCACUAGCCUCUUCAAAGAUGAGUAUAAAAUUCCAAGAAGUUCCACUAUUGAUAUGACACAAGGACCAGGGCAUGUACUCAACGUAUCAAUUGAGGGAAACCAAGUUGGGAGUGUGAAAAGCAAACUCUUGUGUAGGUCAAUCUUAGACUUGUACAUUGGUGAAGAACCGUUUGAUAAGAAUGCAAGAGAAGAUUUUCUGAACAAUGUGGCUUCUAUAGCCGUUGACGAGAAAGCAGCUCAUGAAAUUCAGAAGUAGAAGAUGAUAAAACAAACCAAGUGUGGUCUUUGUUAUCUUAUUUUUUUUAUAAUAUAGGUAUUUUGAAUGAACAAAUUGCUACCUUGAAGGAUGGAUGGGUUUUGUUUAGUCUAAAUAUGUACAGAAAAAAUUAACAAGCGUUUGAUGUACAAAGAGGGAUCACUUAAGAAUAUAUAAGAAGAAGAGGAAAAAGAGGUCUUCUAAGUUUUCCAGCUGAAAAUAAACUUAAAACUCUGAGGCAUUCUUGUACGCCAAGAAACAAGAGAUGUUUUUUCCGAGAAAGGUUAAAGAGGCAAAAGGAGUUGGAUUAAGUGGAUUUUACCAGAUCGUUGAGUCACGUCGGC